GGGGGCAGUCCUCCGCUUCAGCCAUCGGUUCCGCGCUGCUGUUGCCGCUGUUGUCGCCGUUGCUGUCGCCGCUGCUGUCGCCUGCCUCUGCUGUCCCAGGACCGGGACUCGGCCUCAGGCUCGUUGUUCUUCGAGCCGCCAUCGUCCUGCUCCUCGUUCUCACCUGCCAGCACCAGCGGGACGCUGUCUCCCUGGCAACGGCGGUUUUGGGCCGCUCUGAGGGGCCUUCUGCCUGCACGUCUGAUGCGCCUGCGUCGCUGCCUGCCCAGAAUCUACGUGGAUUUGGCAGGCGGCGGGUGGGCAUUGCUCGCGAAGCCGCCGCCGCUCCGUUAAGUGCCCUCGAACGGGCACGGUGCAGCCUUCGCCUUGCGGUCGUCAGGCAUCGUUGUGGACACCCACCCGUUCGGUUGCUCUUGGGCGUGGGAAGGCGGUCGCGGGGACCGCUCGCUGCCGAGGUGGCAGUUGGCGGCGGCGCGGGGACGGUCGGUGAGGUUUGCGGGAAUCUUAUACCAAUAAAUAAAAUAACAAGAGAAAAAUGUCGUUAAGGAAAGUGAACAUUUCCAUCCUUGUAGUGGCUGUUGUCAUAUUUUUGCUAGUUCUUCAUCAUAACUUCCUAGGCCUCAGUGACUUCUUGAAACGGGAGCUGACAGAUGCAAAUCCAUUAGGACUUCAGCCUAUAGAUUUCAUACCUGCAGCUCCCCAGAGGCUGGCAGAUGAAACGAAUGAUAAGGAGAUUUCUGUGGUCAUUGCAGCAUCAGAUGAGAGGCUUGGGGGUGCAAUUGCAGCCAUGAACAGUAUUUACCGUAACACCCGAUCCAAUGUGGUUUUCCAUAUUGUUGCUUUGAAUGAUACAGUGGAUCACUUGAGGCUGUGGCUAAGUAACAGUGCUUUGAAAAAUCUGAGAUACCGCAUUUUGGAUUUCGACCCUCGUGUCCUAGAAGGGAAAAUAGAAGUGGAUCCUCAAAAGACAGACACCUUAAAACCACUAACCUUUGCCAGAUUCUACUUGCCUAGCUUGGUACCUCAUGCAGAGAAGGCUAUCUAUGUGGAUGAUGACGUAAUUGUACAAGAUGAUAUUCUUGAACUUUACAACACUCCCUUGAAGCCUGGACACGCAGCUGCAUUUUCAGAUGAUUGUGACUCAAUCACCAAUAAAGUUGCUGUCCGUGGAGCAGGCAAUCAGUAUAAUUACAUUGGGUUUCUAGAUUACAAAAAAGAAACCAUCCGAAAGCUUGCCAUGAAAGCCAACACCUGCUCUUUCAAUCCAGGAGUUAUUGUUGCCAAUUUGACAGAGUGGAAAUUGCAGAACAUCACAAAGCAGUUGGAGAAAUGGAUGGCACUGAAUGUAGUAGAGCAACUUUACAGUAGGACUCUGGCUGGCAGCAUUACAACACCUCCAUUGCUAAUUGUAUUUUACAAGCAACAUUCCAGUAUUGACCCCUUGUGGAACGUCCGGCAUCUUGGGUCUACUGCUGGAAAAAGGUACUCUCCUCAGUUUGUGAAAGCUGCCAAGUUGCUCCAUUGGAAUGGACAUUUCAAGCCAUGGGGAAGAACAGCUUCAUAUGCUGAAGUCUGGGAGAAGUGGUAUGUUCCUGACCCUACAGGCAAGUUCAGCCUAAUCCGCAGACAUUCAGAAGCCUAUGAAGCAAAGUAGAGCCCAUUUUAAUAACUGGUGGCAUUUUCUCAGGAAACUUCUGGAGCCAAGCAGGACUUUUGUGUUUAGCCAACUUGUAUUUUAGAGCAGUCCUUUUGCCUUCUGGAGCACGAGGUGAGGCAAUAAUUCGGGUGCAGUUCUGAAAUGCACAGGUCCAAAGGAGACUCACUUGUGUGACAGAAGAUGCUACAUCAUCAGCACUAUAGAAAGCAAGGGAAUAUCUCCAUGAACUAGCCCUUUUAUUAGUUCAUUUCUGUUUGUUGUGCAUUCUGCUGCUCUUUACUACAAGUCUUCUAGAAGAGAAGCUACAGAAUGAAACAUUUCUAAGAACAAGAUACAUCUUCAGCUGGUGCUUGCACCAUGCAAAUCUUGCACAGCAAUGUACUGUCAUUAAGAGCUGCUUGAGUUUUGUUCUGGGUUUGUUUGUUUUCUUAUCCUGUGAAAUCGUUUCCUCAGUCCUUUCUUGCAUGAAACCUGCUUCCACCCAUUUCUUUCUUGCAGAAUUCUGCAGAAUCAAGGAGGUUUUUUUAAAUAUUUUUCUUUUUCAAGUAUUACUUCCCUAUGCAAAGUGGGUUUAACUGCCAGUGAACACUAAAUCAGUUUUUGUAAAGUGGUGGAGAAAACUUUGUUCAAAAAUAAAAUCUAAUUUUAACAUGUUGACUCAAA